AUGCAUUAUCCAUCCUUCAUCCUCAAUCCUCAUCAUCUUUUGGUGUUCCAAUCACAACCUCUCAAUAUUUUUCUUCAUUUUAUUUCUCAGAAAUCAAUAGAUCGAAAAUGGAGUUUGACGAAGACAUGUUGGUGAAGGUGGGGCUCUUCCUCCUAGUUCAAGCUCUGGUUUACUUCAUCCUAUCCAAGUCUUCCGCCGUCUUCUCCGACGCGCCGCCGGCGAGAUCCUUCAGCUUCAAGAGGGCGCGCACCCUCAGCAUCCGCCGCAUGAUGGCGGCGCUCGCCGACUUGCCGGCCGGCGGCGAGCCCUAUUAUCCUAUUCCUCCCAAGGACUUCGCCUCAUCAUCAUCCACAUCUUUCAAGGACAGUACUGAUGAGCUUGAACGCAAUAGUUAAUUCUUGGUCUGAUUUAGGGAUUUUUAAAAAAAAUAUUCAUUUGUUCUUCAAUAAUUGGAUUGAUAUAUAGAUUAUGUUUUCUGAUUUAUUUUAUAUACUUUUUUUUUUUCCGUUUAUGUGUAAAUUUAAGAUGUAAAAUUGUACUGUAUAGUGGCAGGUACUAUAGUCGGUUGUGGAUUACAUAAACUUUUACAAGUUUUAGGGUGUGUUUGGUCGAUAGGUUAAUUAUAAGGAAUGAGUAUCAAUGUAUUGUUAUUGUUUAGUUGACCCUGGAUCGUUAAACGGACGGAGAGAAAGACCCUGUAAAUUAACCCUAAAAAAAUUAUUUAGUUGACAAGGUUUUAGAACAUUAUUAUGAGUUUUGAUUA